CCUUCUCCAGCAGAUCUUCCCGACCCAGGAAUCGAACCAGGGUCUCCUGCACUGCAGGCGGAUUUUUUACCCACUGAGCUGUCAGGGAAGCCCUUGUAAGUUAACAUUUAUAGGUCCAUCCCCAUCAUCACCAUCAAUAAUUGGUGGCCAUCAGUCAGCCCUCUAUAAGAAACUUGAUUCAGUUUAACCAGCAUCCCCAAAUGAGAUAACUGUCUCUUAUCUGUUUGUUUUUUUCAUUUAAUUGUUUUGUAAAUUAUACAGAUGAUUGACAUUUAUUGUAGACCAUUUAGAAAAUACAGAAAAGUCAAAAAAAAAAAAAAAGGAAAAGAAAUUCGAUGAGAAGUCAUCUGUAAUCCUCUCACCCAGGAUAGCCAAACCUUCAUCAAUGAGCAUUUUCCUAGAAAGGGUCUUGUGUUUAACAAAGAAGAAGAAUAGGAAAAAUAGAAUAAAAGUAAGAAGAACAGAAUAAGCAAUUUGGAAGGUGAUAAAAUAGGUUAAUAUUGUUCAUAAUGGAUAUGUACAGGGCAGCUUAAUUUAAAAUAAAUAUAGAGCUUUGAAAUGAAAUUAACUAUGACAGAAGCUGCUUGUACAAUGUAUGAAAAAAGACAUUCAGCCUCUCAGAGGUGGGACGUUUUAGCUUUGGCCCUGCACUUGAAAACCCCUGAAUUUUCCCAUUACUCCUUCAUUUACUCCCAGAGGUCAGACUGUGGCCUGCCAAUCUGCCCUGUCAUGGACUUUUCUUGACUCCUUAUCAGCCUUUCUCAGUGGGUCAAUGUUGCGAAGUCUUGGGGAGUCUGGCAGAGUUCCUGCUCCUCCCAGGCUGGUAUCAGAAGGCAACAGGGGCUGUGAGAGAAGGCAAACAUUCAGACCAAACCCCGAUGUGGAACUGAAACAGCAAGAGGAAAAGCAAGGGCAUCAGGUAAAAAAACAAAAAUUUUUUUAAUCUCAUCCAUCUCAUCUCAGCUUAUGUCUGAGGGCAUAAAGAACUUAAUAAAAUUAUAGCUCAGGAGAAUCUGGUAAAGGAAGAUGAGUGAGAAAUCUGGGGACAUGUGGAGCAGAUAGAUGUUCACCUGGAGCUAGACUCUCAGACCACUUUGUAUCUAUCACGGUUGUUAUCAGCAUUCAAGUAACAUCCGUGACAGUAUACUUCUUCUAGUUUAAAAGCAAGUAGAUUUAUUUUAGUCCCAGCAUGCAGAAGUUAUAGGAAGACAGAUUAUAGCUAAAAAUAAGCAAGUAUAUAUAACAGAGCUGUCAGAAAAUAGAAGGGGACUAAUUUGAGAGACAAUGAGUUGUGUUAUUGGAGGUGUUCAAGCAGUUACUGGAAAGAAAUUUUGGGGAGUUGUGUAUUAUAGAGAGUAUUUAAGAACCAGAUUGAUGGUUAAAAUGGUCUUUAAAGUCCCUUCCAACACUUCUGUGAUUCUAUGAUAUGAAUAGAAUCUUACCAGAAAUUUCUCUAAGAGCCAGACAUUUACAUUUGUGUAUAGAUGGUCACCUAUGAAAAAAACAAUUCAUCGGGUUGAUUCUGGUUUGCUUGGAGGAAGUGAGAAAGCAACCAAGAGUAAACUAAUGGCAGAGGAGGGGACCCAGCUUGCUGGAUGCCUGCUUUCUUUCCCUCUUGGUGGAUAUAAACAACACCCACAUGGCCUCUGCUUAGCAGAGAUCACACAGGGGGAAAAAAACAAAACAAACAAACAAAAAAAACGACUGGGCUCUCUUCUUCUAGAGGAAGAAUUUUGGUUUGGGUUAGUAAAUAUUUUAUUUUGCAAUUAACAAAAACAAAGGAGGGGACGUUUCUGUAGCAUCUGCUUCUGGGGUGCUAACUUCAAUUUAGGUGGCUGUUUUCUGAUCUGGGAAGCAAGAGGAGGUUGACCACAAUUUAGUAACUAUGUCUCAAAGGCUCAUGUCCAUUCCCAGGUCUUAGAGGUUCCCACAGGCAGAACUACUAGGAAGCAAGGAAAACUGUUCCUACAUCACACUGUACAAGAAAUGUACUUUUAGAAAAACGUCUGAAGAGCUUGAAAGAUUUCUGCAUUUGGUGUCAGUUGGCAUUCUUUCGGGAGUAGAAUAAAGCGUUUUUAAAUGUAUAAAAUAGCACAUAGAGAAUACCAAGUUUUAUGUUUGUUUUUAUAACUAGAUCUUGUACAUCACAUAUAUUCCAAAGCUAUACUCUCUUGGUUCUCUAUUGUCUUCUUUCCCCUUUGAAUUGUAAAUAGGAGCAUCUUCUGAUGGCAACCACUUCUAUAAAAUUUGUUUGGCUCCUGUAACAAUCCAUGCCCUUUAUAUCUGGGCUCACUGUUGAUGCUUCCUGAUUUUAAAUGAAAAAGAGCUAAAAUUUUCAACAAUAACAAUUUUUUCCUUUAUGGUUGAAUAUUAAGCAUUUAGUUUAUGCCCAGUCAUGCUGGGAAGCCUAAGGUCUUGACGAAGUUGGGAGAAAACAGUGAAAUCUGACCUAGAAGGGUGGGAUAGGGGGAUGGGAAGGAGGCUCAAGAGGGAGGGAAUGUAUGUAAACAUGUAGCCGAUUCACGUGGUUGUACAACAGAAACUAACACAACACUGUAAAGCAAUUAUACCCCAAUUAAAAAACAGUGAUAUCAAAGAUGAUUUCCAAUACUAAAAUCUAUGUCCAAUAAUUUACAGCUUUGAAGAAAAGUUUAUAAUCUCCAGAAUUCAUGUUAAUAUUGAAAUAAUAUUUCUGUCUGAAUUAUUUAUUGGAACCUGUUUCUGUUAUUGUUUGUGGUGCAGAAGGGCUGCUGAGAUGGACAGCCUCAGGAUGGAGACGGAAAUGCCUUAUCCCGAGAUAACCGUAGACGUGGGCAGAGUCACUUUUGGAGAGGAAAACAGGAAGAGGAUGACCAAUAACUAUUUGAAAAGAACUGAGAAUUCUAGAAUCAUCCAAGCGACGUGUGCACUGUUAAAUUCUGGAGGGGGUGUGAUCAAAGCAGAGACUGAGGAUAAAACUUACAGUUACCGAUGCCACGGACUGGGACAUGAUCUGGAAACUUCUUUUCAGAAGCUCUUCCCUUCAGGUUCACAGAAAUACCUUGACUACAUGCAGCAGGGACACAAUCUUAUGAUUUUUGUGAAGUCAUGGUGCCCAGAUGUUUUCAGCCUAAGGAUCUGCAGCUUGCGCUCCAAUUUAUAUCAGAGAGCUGUGACUUCCACCAUCAACUUGAGUGCCCACAGCGCCCUGGAGCUCCUCCGAGAGAAACAGUCUAGAACCCAGAGAGGAAGAUCAACGAUGCAGGAGCUACAUUCUCAGAAAGCUCUGGAUAGAUACAUACAGGAAGAAGAAGACAUGAGGAUGAGUGCCUCAGAAUUUGUUAAAAAGGAUAAGCUCAUGUAUAGGGAGAAACUCAACUUCACUGAGUCCACACACGUUGAGUUUAAAAGGUUCACCACCAAAAAGAUCAUUCCUCGGACUAAAGAAAUGCUGCCUCAUUAUGUCUCUGCAUUUGCCAACACCCACGGGGGAUACCUAAUUAUCGGGGUGGAUGAUAAGAGCAAAGAAGUGUUUGGAUGUCAGGGAGAAAAAGUGAACCCUGACUUACUAAAAAGAGAAAUAGAAAACUGCAUAGAAAAAUUGCCUACAUUCCACUUCUGCUGUGAGAAGCCGAAGGUGAACUUCACUACCAAAAUCUUAAAUGUAUACCAAAGAGAUGUCCUGUACGGUUAUGUCUGUGUGGUCCACGUGGAGCCCUUCUGCUGUGUAGUAUUCACAGAAGCCCCGGAUUCCUGGAUCAUCAGGGACAAUUCUGUCACGAGGCUGUCGGCUGAGCAGUGGGUAACCAUGAUGCUGGAUAUUCAAUCAGUUCCUUCCAAUUUGGAGGCUGACCACAGCCUUCACCUGAUUUCAUCAGCUUCGUCUCCCCUAAGAAGCCUGUCAUAUCCCAUCAAAGUCCUAGAAUUUAAGGAGGCUCUCCAACAGCACCUGUUUCCAGUGACACCGGAAAAGAUUCAAUUUAAACCAGAAUCCCUCUGUAAGAAACUCUUCUCAGAUCAUAAAGGACUGGAGGAAUUAAUGAAGACACAGAUAUAUCCUUGUUCUCAGGGGUUUGUGAUAGUUUCCAGAAGCUGGGCGAGUGAUGUCGGCUUAAGGAAGGAGCAGUAUGUCCUGUGUGAUGCUCUCCUAAUAGCGGUGAAUAGCCCCCCGGUACUCUAUACAAUCUUAACAGACUCCACGUGGACUGGGGGGCUGGUGUAUGCCCAGAACACUGCUCGUCAGUUAAAGCAGAAACUGGGAACUGUUGGUGGUUACACGGGAAAAGUGUGUGUCAUUCCGAGGCUGGUGCACCUACCCGGCGCACAGCGCAAACCCAGUGAAAUCGCCUUGCGCUAUCCCCAACCCUACAGGCUUGCUGACGAGGACGAAAUGGAAAAACUGUUGCAGGCACUUAUCACGGUCUCGCUGUGCUCUCGAUCCCUUCUGAGCGACCAAAUGGGCUGUGAAUUUUCCAAUUUGCUCGUAGCGGAGCAGUGUGAGUUACUUUCACAGAGCCUUCAGGAGACACGAGAACUGUUCGUCCACUGCUUUCCAGGAACCAGAAAGACAGCGCUGGCCAUAAAGAUCAUGGAGAAAAUUAAGGACUUGUUCCACUGCAAGCCCAAGGAGAUCCUCUAUGUUUGCGAAAGUGACGCCUUAAAGGAUUUUGUGACCCAGCAAACGACCUGCCGAACUGUGACCCGGAAAACCUUCAUGGGAGGGGAGUUCCCAAAGGUCAAGCACAUAGUGAUGGAUGAAACUGAGCAUUUCUGCAGUAAAUAUGGUGACUGGUACAUGAAGGCCAAGAGCAUCACCCACCCAAAGGUGAGGGGUGCUGGAAGUGGAAACCCACACCAUGGGAUUCUCUGGCUUUUUCUGGACCCUUUCCAAGUCCAUCAUGGAGGCGGCAACGGCCUUCCGCCUCCAUCUGCUCAAUUUCCUCGGAAAACAAUCACCAACGGGAUCCACUGUGCUCUGGAAAUAGCGAUGCUCAUGAAAGAAGAAAUGAAGAGGAUCAAGGAAAAUCCUCACCCCAGCGUGUCUCCAGACACACUGGCGGCAUUCAGGGAAGCUUCGUAUGAGGAAGCAAUGCGUGCCCAGGCUUUGCCUGGGGUGUGUGAGAUAGAGACCAACCUGACCACAGAAGAAAUCGCGAGACACGUGGCAGAAAGAUGUCACCACCUGUUCCAGUGUGGCUAUCUGCCCAGAGACAUAGCAAUUCUGUGCAGGAGAGUGGAGGACAGAGGACGCUAUGAGCUUGCACUGCUAAGAGCGAUGGAAUUAUUCGAGACCUGCGGAGCCACAAAGGUUGUGUUCAGCCAGGCCUCUGGUGUUCUGGACGGUCACAUUGUUUUAGACAGUAUUCAGCAGUUUUCAGGCCUGGAGAGGAAUAUUGUGUUUGGGCUCAGUCCAGAGUAUACCCUGUCAGAGGAAGUUCAUAAGCUCUGUUUUGCCUCGAAAGCCAUCAAACACCUCUACCUGCUUUAUGAAAAGAAGGCAACCUUCUGAAAAUUAUUUCACAGUAUAGGAAGGGACAGAGAGCAGAGUCUCCAUGCUCCCCAGCAGGUGGCAGCUUCGCCCUUUCAUGUGUCACAAGCGAGGAGGUCAAGGGCAGUCAGAAUUGCACGGAGCCACAGAACUGUCUCCUGGCACUGGGCCUCCGGGUCUAUUUGCGGUGUCACUGGUCUUUCCCACUCCUCUCUACCUCUUCCCUGGGACUUAUGAUGGGUCCCUUGCCUCUGGGUUUUCUAAUCCAAUCCAGCUUUCAUCUUGUCCAGCCACAGAAAAGUGAAAGUGAAAGUGAAGUCGCUCAGUCGUGUGCGACUCUUUGCGACCCCAUGGACUGUAGCCUACGAGACUCCUCCAUCCAUGGAAUUUUCCAGGCAAGAGAACUGG